AAGAUUUGUGCUCAAGAGCAUUAUUUUGAAACAUCAAUGGGUAGUUCAAUUCCAAAAGAGCAAAAAACUGUUCUCAACUGCAUACUUGGAAUAGGAAUUGGAAGUUUCGUCCAAAGAGUAACCCCUUCCUCUCUGUCCCCCUUUAUCUUGCCCUGUUUCUGAUGCCAUCAUUUUUCCCUUUGUAAAAAGCCUAUCCAAAGGCUCCUGAUCUGACAGUGGUACAAGAGGUAUUACCACACAGAAAGCAGGGUUCGAAUCAAGAAGAUUAUGCAAACUGAUGAGGAUGUUGGGAAGAUUGCCAUGGCUGUACCUCUUCUUGUUUCUAAAGCCUUGGAACUAUUUUUGCAAGACCUAUGUGACCGAACAUAUGAAAUAACUCUGAAAAGGGGAGCCAAGACCUUGAAUUCAUUGCAUUUGAAACAGUGUGUACAGACUUUUAAUGUUUUUGAUUUUCUGAGGGAAAUUGUGAGCAAGGUUCCAGAUCUUGGUGGCCCAGAUGUCACUGGUGAUGAACGUGCUGUUGCCAAAAGAAGGAAAGUUGCUGAUGAUGAAGACAAUGACAGUGAUGAGGAGUGCAGUAGAAACAGAACAAAUGAGACUAUCCAGACAAGCAGCAGUGGCAGAGGAAGAGGAAGAGGAAGAGGUAGGGGCAGAGGUAGAGGGCGUGGCCGGGGGACAAGAUCCAUGGAGAGGGAGACAGCUGCACAGCAUGGGAAGUUUGAAGAUGACCCUGACAUUGAUCAUCACAAUGACAAGCACUGUCCAAAACUUGACAAGGAUUAUGAGCCUAAAGAUUCGAAGGAUAAUAUUCCAGCUGGCAGGAAUUUACAAGCUCCAGUACGUGACUUUGACCUGAAUGCGGGCUUGGAUGAGAAUGGAGAAACACAACCAGUGUUAGCUUCUGUCCCUUCUAGUUUCUCAACAAAAUCUGAUACUGUUGUCCCUGCAAGUUCCUUAACAAAACAUGACACUGUUGUCCCUACAAGUUCCUUAACAAAACCUGACACUGUUGUCCCUGCAAGUUCCUCAACAAAACCAACUCCUGAAUUGAAGCAUGAGGAAGUGCCUGGAUGGUCCCUUGAAGACAUUGAAAAGAUGGAUAUCAAUCCCGUUCAACUUGCAAACUUAAAUACAAGAAUAGAUGAGGAGGAGGAAGAUUACGAUGAAGAAGACUGCAGUUACUAGCUAGUGUUUUCUGCUGCUGUUUAUGGCUUCUCACAUCCUAUAGGUUUUAGGUCCUUGCAGGAAAAUAUAAAUCUGAAGGUAGCGAUUAUUGAAGCUGAUGGUAGCGACUAGGGAGCUUAGGAUUAAGUGGUAGUCAUCAUUACAGACUAGGCAGAAAAUGGUAGGAUCCUGUCUUCUUCAGAAUAUAUUUUCUCCAGCAUUUGCUGAAUGUAGAUUACACAUUAACUCCCCUAGGCAUUUAGAGAUCAGUCUGUUUAACCAUUCUUGUAUUUUAAGAUGCAAAACGCUAGUUAUUACUUCUUGAAGGCAGAGAAAGGCUCAUAGAACAGCUGGGGAA